AGACAAUCAUUAGUUUUAAAGCGGGACAGUUUCAUUUUCAACUGUGGUAAAUCAUGGCACAUGAAAACAAGAAGAUCUACGAAGGCGUUCUCUUCUCCACUUUAGAAGAAAAAGAUUCAAUAUCUCCAUCUUCGCCUGUGACUGUUAAUAUACACUUGCAGGAGAGUUCGACUGGUUUUAAAGUGCUUGCUAAAAAUGGUUAAUUUAUUACAAAUUUAUCAAAAAAAAAAAACGUGACCAAUUUUUUUAAAACUGUUAAUUAAUUUUCUUUUUCUUAGAAGGUGCUUAUGUAAUAAGAGCUUUAUCACAUAUUAUACAAUUAGCGACUUAUUAAAUAGUAAAUUUAAGAAAAGAAAAUGCAGCGAAUGGUAAUUGACUCAUAUUUAGCACAAACCACGUGCGAUUUGAAAAAUGUUAACUACUGGUCGUUGUACCGGUGUAUGCUACGUUAUUAAUUGAAUUAAGAUAUAAUUACAUUAAAACUAAUAUAACGAACGUUUUUAACGUAUGGAAGAAUAUAUUGAUAAUUUUCAAAAAAUUGUCUAAGUUCUCCAGUUAAAUGGAGCAUAAAAAACACUCCCAAACCACGGUGAUUCUUCCUAGCUUGCAAUGAUAGAUUGCCCUAACUUUAUCAAAAAGUUAAAAUGUUGAACCUUAUUUGCUAUAAAAGAGAUAUAAGAUUCAAAUCAUUGGCAGACUAUAAAAAAUGUGUAUUUUUUGUAAAGGGAAUGAAUCAGACUACAAAUGUCUUAUAAUCUUUAAUAGAUGUUUUGAAAAUAAUUUCAGGCACUGGAGAGCCAGCAGAAAUUGGGUUUGUCGACAAAACCACAGAAAUAUGCAAAGUUGGCAAAAAUACGGCUGUUGUAACGUUCGAAGAGAAAAGUAUAAGCCUGAAGUUUCAAGCUGAAAAUGAUUUUAUAUCGUUUUAUGACAAUGCGAAACGAGCUAUUUCUCAGAAAACUAAUUCGGUGUUCAAACUUCGAACUGAAGAAACUUCUGCGAAGCAAUAUUUUCAGUUUUACGGAUACUUAGAGCGACAACAAAAUAUGUUGCAAGAUUUUAUACGAACAAGUACCUAUCAAAAGGCAAUGCUAAAUAGUAAUGAAGAUUUUAUGGGAAAGGUUGUUUUGGAUGUAGGAGCAGGAUCUGGAAUUUUAUCAUUUUUUGCAGUACAAGCUGGUGCUAGGAAAGUUUAUGCCGUCGAGGCAUCGUCUAUGGCCCAACAUUGUAGAGAAUUGGUUAAAAAUAAUAACCAGAGCGAUAAAAUAACUGUUCUCUCUGGAAAGAUAGAAGAAAUAGAAUUACCAGAAAGUGUUGAUAUUAUUAUCUCGGAGCCUAUGGGCUACAUGUUGUUUAACGAACGUAUGUUGGAAUCUUUCUUGCACGCGAAGAAAUGGUUAAAGAGCGGAGGACGAAUGUUUCCAACAAUAGCAAAUUUGCACAUAGUACCCUUUAUGGAUGAUGCUCUCUACUCUGAGCAAUUCAGAAGGGCUAACUUUUGGUGUCAGACAAGCUUUCACGGAGUGAAUCUGUCGAGUUUGCAGCAAGCAGCAUUGUCAGAAUAUUUUUGUCAACCCGUAGUUGACACAUUCGAUCCGAGAAUUUGCUUAGGUAAACCCUUCAAACACAUUCUUAAUUUUGAGAAGGCAGAAGAAGAGGAUUUACAUCAUAUUGAUGUUCCUGUUUCUUUUACGAUAAACCAAUCUGGAACAUGUCAUGGUUUAGCCUUUUGGUUCGAUGUGGCCUUUUCUGGAAGUAAGGCAGAGCAAGAAGGUCCUGUUUGGCUAUCGACUGCUCCAUCGGAACCACUAACACAUUGGUAUCAGGUCAGAUGCUUGAUUCCUCAACCAAUAUUGCUGAAAAGUGGAGACUCAAUGACAGGAAGAGUUAUUUUAUCAGCUAAUAAGAGACAAAGCUAUGACGUUGAUUUGGAGUUAGUGGCUCCAAAUGGUGCAAUGGUGGUUACCAACAAGCUGGACUUAAAGAACCCAUAUUUUAGGCACACUAUACAAGGUGUUGCCCUGCCAGCUCAUACAAGCAAAAUAAGUCCUACUGAUCAAUACUUUUCAAACCAAAGUUCUUCUGCAGAACAAAAUGUUUUAUGCGACAAUGUUCCAGGACAACCACCUAAGGGAACUGAUGUUUUGGAAAUGACGAGCUCGGUUCCUAUGAAUCCUGCAUAUAACCCUGCAGCGGCGGCGAUGAGUAGUGUUCACCAACCUCAGCCUAUAAACUCUCUGUUUAACUUCCCAGUAUUCCGUGCUAGGAUCUAG